CCUCUGAUUGACUGCAUCGUCUUCCUCACGCGAAUAAGAAGAAGAUUUGGCGAUCGGAUUCUUCUUCUUCAUCUGAUUCCGAGAAUAAUGUUCCCGCCACCUCCCUCAAGCAUCUACGCUCCUCCGAUGCUGGUGAAUUGCUCCGGUUGCCGGACGCCUCUCCAGCUCCCAUCCGGCGCCCGAUCUAUUCGCUGCGCUCUCUGCCAGGCUGUUACUCACAUCGCCGACCCUCGCUCCGCCCCUCCACCUCCACCUUCCUCCGCCUCUUCUCCGCCGACCCAAAUCCACGCCCCUCCCGGUCAGCUACCUCACCCCCAUGGCAGGAAGAGGGCCGUGAUCUGUGGUAUUUCGUAUCGUUUCUCUCGCCACGAGCUCAAAGGCUGCAUCAACGACGCCAAGUGCAUGCGCCACCUUCUCAUCAACAAAUUCAAAUUCUCCCCAGAUUCAAUUCUCAUGCUUACCGAGGAAGAAACUGAUCCAUAUCGUAUCCCGACCAAGCAAAAUAUGAGAAUGGCAUUGUAUUGGCUCGUACAGGGAUGCACUGCAGGCGACUCCCUUGUCUUCCACUACUCUGGUCAUGGUUCUCGUCAAAGAAACUACAACGGUGAUGAAGUUGAUGGCUAUGAUGAAACACUCUGUCCUCUGGAUUUUGAAACUCAGGGGAUGAUUGUAGACGAUGAGAUAAACGCAACCAUUGUACGCCCUCUUCCACAUGGGGUCAAGCUCCAUUCAAUUAUCGAUGCUUGCCAUAGUGGCACCGUACUUGAUUUACCGUUCCUAUGCAGAAUGAACAGAGCUGGGCAGUAUGUGUGGGAGGAUCAUCGGCCUAGGUCUGGUUUGUGGAAAGGAACAGCUGGUGGAGAAGCCAUAUCAAUUAGUGGAUGUGAUGAUGAUCAGACUUCGGCCGACACAUCAGCGCUGUCAAAGAUCACGUCUACGGGUGCUAUGACUUUCUGCUUUAUUCAAGCAAUUGAACGCAACGCACAAGGCACAACCUAUGGAAGCCUUCUGAAUUCGAUGCGCACCACAAUAAGGAAUACAGGGAAUGAGGGUGGUGGUAUUGGUGGUAGUGGUGGAGUGGUGACGACUGUGCUGAGCAUGCUUCUGACAGGGGGAAGUGCGAUUGGGGGAUUAAGACAAGAGCCUCAACUGACUGCUUGUCAACCAUUCGAUGUCUAUGCAAAGCCUUUCACUCUCUAGUAAAGACAAGUCACUUUUAUGUAUAGCGAGUGUGAUUUGAGAAUCCGUCCAUUUAACCUUUUGUUUUGAUUUUUCUUUCAAAAGAAUUAAGGAAAACAUUGAUU